AUGGGGGUCAGCAAGCCGGCCGCUGCGGAUGGAAAGACCACUUCUACCAGGUUCAAACUGAAGAAGAUGGUCGUUGCAUUACACGGCAAUUUGGGUCUGAAGCAUGACAAAAUCCAACAAAUGGUUGAAGAGGCCGGUGCCAAGUUCGAAACUUACGACAUGAGGGUCGAAAACUGCACCCAUCUCGUUACAACAGCUACCUAUGCCAAGAAGGCGUCCCUUCCUAAUAAGAUCAAAGAUGCAGCUCUCAAGGGUUGUGAGAUUGUCACUCUCGAUUGGCUUCUUGAUUGUAUCAAAACCGGACAUCUAAUUGAUACCCAAGAUUACAGUCUGAAGACAAGAAGACUGGUCAAUAUCAGGUCCAAUGCGUUGGUGAAAGCCGAUGACGAUGACGAUUCGGAAUCGGAAACCGGCGAAGAUACUCAAAAGUCAUCGACCUUUUGGGAGGAAAUCGUCGAUGAGGACUAUCCCGGUCUUGCACGCGGACGUUCUGUGUUUCGCGAGAAAGAUAUUGUCUGGGAUGCCACUCUGAUCAAGCUUUUGACUGGAAAGACCGGAAUGAAAAAAGGGCACUAUAUCAUAUCGCAUGUUCAGCUGCUCUAUGAUUCAUCUUCGAAAAAGUACUAUACCUUCAGUCACGUCAAGACGGAAAAGGGGGUUGAUCAGGCCACAUGCAAACAGGCAGGUCGUGGGAAGCUAGAAAACGCCCAGGAUGCUUUCGAAGAUUUUUUCGAAGAAGUUACAGAUCUUUCUUGGGCCUCCCGCCAUAAAGACUCGAAGAAGAACCAGUACAUAUAUGUUGACUUUCACUUGAAGGACAAAAAGACCGAUGACUCUGAUAGUGCUAUCUCGAAGACAACUCCAGCCAUGAAAGUCGUGCUCGAUGCCAUCGUUGGAUCUGCCAAAGAUCAGCUUGAUCUGAUCAAAGCUUCACUGAAAAAGGCCAAGUCUUCCAUAAUGGUUAACAAGACGGUGUUGACCAUUUAUGAGCUUCGUCUCGGUAUUGCCAUCCUCGAGCAAAUACUGAAGCGUCCAAACCUUUCAAACGAGCUAUCUGUUGGCACGAGCUCUACAUCGAUUCUACUGAGAUACUAUCAAUGUCUUGUGGGAGCAUCAACCGACACUGUGCGUGUUUCUCGUGGCUGGAUUGAAUGUGAAAAAGAGUAUUUGUUGUACAUCCGCACUCUUGCCAUGGCUUCCCAACCUGAUCGACCCCCUGGAUGGGGCGAAAGACAACUGACAUCGCAUUUAUAUCGGGCCAUUGGCCUCAGGCAAAUGGAACUAGGUAUUUAUAUUUUUGUUUUUCAAGAAUGUUCCCCUUAUGGUGGAAAGAAGUACCCCUCACCAACGGACAUAUUUUGA